AUGGACUGGAAAGCCCACCUGGCGGGCCUGGUCAAGGAGACUGAGAGGAACCUUGCUCGAACCCCGCCCAGCUAUGCGCUGCUGCGGCAAGGAGUCAGCCCAGGGGACCCGCACCUCAUCGCCCCUGCAGCCGUGGGCCCUGAUGACGUCGGCCCUGACCAGCUCAUCCCGUCGUUCUACCCAGAGGAGCAACCGCCGCCGCUAAUGCCUGCACAGCCACCUGCGCAGCAGGUGGCCCAAGUGGAGAAGCUCAGGGAGGAGCUGCGGGUGGUGAGCGACCAGCUGACGCUGCUGCGCCAGUCGGCCGCUGGCUGGCAGCAGGUGGCGGCGACGGCGGCGGGCGUGGAUGGGAGGUGCACCUCCGCCGCCAACCAGCUGGCGCUGCUAAGCACGGGGGUGGCAGACCUGCAGGCAGCCCAGGCACGCAUGCAGCACGCCAGCGACGCCGGUCAUCGGGAGGUGCAGGGGGAGUUGGAGGCGCUGGGUGCUCGGCUCGACACGUUUGCUGCCGCCCAGCGCGCUGGCACAACGGUGGGGCCGGGAGGGGCGGCCCUGGCGCCGCUCUCCGCCAGGCUAGAACAGGCAGAGCAGGCGCUGGCUGCCCUGCGCACGCGCCUAGAGCAGCAGGCGCCAGCGGCAGCGGCAGCUGCCAGCGCUGCACAGCGGCAGGAGGCGCAGCAGCAGGAGCUGGGACACAUCAAUGCCGGGCUGCAUGCGAUGCAGGCAGCUAUUGCUGCGGCAGCCCAGCAACAUGCCAGCGAGGUCGCUGAGCUGCGCAGCCAGCAGGGAGAGCUGCAGGCGGCACAACGCGCCAUCGAGAAGCGCAGCAGUCACAUUGAGCAGGUGAGCAGCCAGCUGGCAGUUGUGCAGGCGGCGCAAAGCGCACAGGGCGCCUCGGUGCAGCAGCAGGCCAGGCGGCUGGAGCAGCUGGCACAGCAGCUAGCAGCAGACGUGGCCGCGCGGCCGCUUGAGCAGCAGCAGCAGCAGCAGCCUGCUGUGCCUGCUGUGAGCCCGGAGGCCCUCCAGCAGCUGGCCGGCCAAGUGCAGGACAGCGCAGGCGCCGUUGCGCAGCUGCAGGAGCAGGUGGGGCGCCUGGAGGCAGUGCAGGAGGCAGUGGAUGAUGUGAACCAGCGCCUUUUUGAGCUGCGGGUGGAGUUUCAGAAUGCGGGAGAGGAUGGGGCCAUCACCGCUGCCUCCUCCAAGCGCCAGGCCGAGGCGGCGGAGCGGCAGGCAGCAGAGGCAGUGGAUGCUGUGGCCGAUGUGCGAGAGCUAGCGGCGCAGCUGCAGCAGCAGGUGGCCUCCCUGCACCUGCACCUGCACCUGCAGCAGACGCAGCCGGGGCCUGACGCCGCUGUGCGCAGAGAUCUGGCAGAGGCGGUGCAGCAGCAGGUGCAGGCAGAGGUGGCUGGCCUCAGGGCUGAGCUGGCUGGCAGCAGCAUGCCUCCCCACCACCUCGCUUUUGAACAUGAGAGCAGCGUGCUAUUGCAGACGGUGCAAGCGGUGGAUGAGAUGGCAGCUGAGCUGGCGGGCCUCAAGCUGCUGCUGGCGCAGCAGUCGGAGGCCGCAGAGAAGGUGGCCGCGGCCUCGCGGGCCGAGGCUGCCGCCAAGGAGGAGCGCAUGGCUGGCCUGGAGUCUGCUGUGUCAGCCCUGGAGCAGCUGGGGCCAGGCAAGCCAGCGCUGGCCAAUGCCGUCGAGACGGCGGCCUGCCUGACCACGCUCAGCGACAUCGUGCACAAGCAGCGGGAGGACAUGCUGCAUGUGAAGCAGAGCGUGGCGGCAGCCAAGGCGGCUGCGACGGCUGCCACCGAGGCCAUCGCCGCGGGCGCUGCUGCUGCCGGUGAUGCCAGCCAGCUGCAGCUACAGGACACAGUCGCUGCUCUGGAGGCUGGCAUGUCUGGCCUGCAGGAGCAGGCUCAGGCAGCGGCUGCCGCUAGCAGCCAACAGGCGACGGAGCAGCAGCAGGAGCUGGCGGGCCUGCGGCUGCAGCUGUAUGAGGUGCAGGAGGAUCUGGCUGGGGCAGUGGCUGUGCGGCAGGACAUCCCGACGGUGCAACUCAAGCUGGCUGCGCUUGAAGCUGGCAUCGAGAGCCGGCUAGGAGAGUUCCUGCCAGCGCUGUCCGCCGUGCAGCAGCGCUUGGCACAGCUGGAGGAUGCUGUGACCCAAAGCCGGCAGCAGCAGCAGCAGCAGCAGCAGCAGCAGGAUGGCGCAGAGGGAGGCAGCAGCCCUGGCUUCCAGGAGCCUGCCGUGCCAGCAGCUGGCGGCGAGGACAGGGGUACACUAAAGACCCGCUUAGAGCAGCUGGAGGCAGGGCUGGAGGGCAGCACCAGAGACGCAGCUGCUCAAGCUGCCCAGCAGCAGCAGGCACUUGCAGCGUUGCAGCAGCAGAUGGCCCUCAUGCAGCAGCAGGUGGCCACCCUUGUUGCUGGCAAUCGCCAGGAGAGGCAGCAGCAGCGGCUGCCGCCUGAGCUGGAGAGGGAGGUGGGUGCUCGGGUGCAGAGGACCGAGGCCACGGUGGCAGCUGCGUUAGAGGAGGCGGCGGCACAGAUGGCAGCUCUGAUGGCCCGCAUGGAUAAAGCAGAGGCGUCCUCCAUGGCCUCUGCCACCCACGCCCAGGCAGCGGCACUGGUGGCCCAGCAGCAAGUGGCAGCGGUGCACAGCAUGGUGUCCCUGCCCUCCCGCCAGCCCAGCGAGCAGCAGUUGCCGCAGCAGGCCAGUGAGGAGAGGGCCGGGGUGGCGCUGUCUCGCCAGGGAACCCUGAAGCGCUCCCAACCGCAGCAGCAGCAGCCGCCAUGGCAGCCACCCUCGACAUCCUCGGCAGCUGCUUCAGCCUCCUCAUCCCGGCAGUCCAGCUUGCGCCCCACAAAGUCGCUGCCGCAAGCACAGCCAGCAGAAGGCGCCCAGCUGCCGCAGCCUCCUGCUCGCCAGAACACAAGCGGUGGCGGUGGUCUGUUUGCCCGGCUGAGCCGCAGCUUCACCAGCCAGAGGCGCAACAGCAAGGACGCCGCCGCAGCGGCUCAGCGCGUCGCUGCCGCCCCUACCACAGCUGGAGCGGCCUCGUCAUCGGCAGCCGCAGCUGCUGCUCCUCAUGGUUUGCAGGAGGGCGGGAGUGGUGGCUUUGAGGUGCCGCUGCGUGUGCAGUACAGUUCCAGCUUGGAGCAGGAGCCGAGCCUCGGGGAGAGCCAGCAGGCGGGCAGCCAGUCCCGCUCGGCAGCUUCAUCCCCGCCCCGCAGCCGCCGCACCACUAGCGGCGCAGCCUCUGGAACAGGCACUCCCCGCCGACAGUCCAGCGGCGUCCAGCCCGGUGGCAGCGGCAGCGGCGCCACUGGUAAGCAGCUGUACACGCCUCGCGGCCGCCACUCCUCCAGCUCCCAGGCGUGCCUGUCGCAGGAGCACAGCAGCGGCAAGCUCACCCCGCGGCAGGGAGGGAGCAUGGUGGGGGGCGACAGCAGCUUUGGCGACAUCCCGCUGCCGCAGGGAUCCUCCUGCCUCAUCUCCCCCAGGGAGGAUGUGGGGGAGCGCAUCCUGCAGCUGCGCAGCGAGCUGGCCGACCCAGACCUGGACGAGGUGCAGCGCGAGGUGCUGGCCUCGGAUCUGGAGCGCCUGCUGGAGCGUGCGGCGCAGGAGGGGCGGGGGGCCGGUUGA